AUGGGUAAAAAAAUAAAGAAGGAAGUAGAGCCUCCACGCAAGGAUGUGUUUGAUCCUUUAUUGAUUGAAAGCAAAACAGCAGCAACAGUUGUGCUGAUGCUUAGUUCUCCUGAAGAGGAAGUUUUGGCCAAAGCAUGUGAAGCUUUGUAUAAAUUUGCAUCAAAAGGUGAUGAAAACAAAGUGACACUUCUUGGUCUUGGAGCAGUGGAACAUCUGCAUAAACUCAUCUCACAUGAAGAUCCAAUUGUACGCAGAAAUGCCAUCAUGGUAUUUGGCAUCAUGGCUUCUAAUUAUGAUGUCAAGAAGUUACUGAGAGAACUGGAUGUCACAAAUUCACUUAUAUCACAGCUGGCACCAGAAGAAGAUACAGUUAUCCAUGAAUUUGCUACUCUUUGUCUAUCACAUAUGACUGUUGAAUAUGCUACAAAGGUACAAAUAUUUGAGCAAGGUGGAUUAGAACCACUUAUCAGACUGCUAGGUAGCUCUGAUCCUGAUGUUAAGAAGAAUUCAGCUGAAUGUAUCUACCACCUGGUACAGGAUUUUCAAAGCUGUGCUGCAGCUCGUGCGUUGAAUGUAAUUCCACCUUUGCUGGAAUUACUGAAAUCUGAAUACCCAGUUAUUCAGCUGUUAGCCCUUAAAACCUUAGAAGUAAUGAGCAAAGAUGGAGAAAGCAGAAUAAUACUGGGAGAAAAUCAAGGGUUAGAUUGUCUUCUGAAGAUACUGGAAACCAAUGAAUUCAGUGACCUCCAUGUGGAAGCUCUUGCCGUUUUGGGAAAUUGUCUCGAAGAUGUGCAUAUGGUGCAACUGAUUCAGCACACAGGAGGCCUUAAAAAGCUACUUUCAUGUGUAGGAGACUCUGCUGUUCCCAGUGUUCAGAAGAAUGCAGCAAAUGCAAUUACCAAAGCAGCUUAUGACU